AUGGAGGUGAUCCAAGCGUCCUGGCCGCACGCCACGACCUUGGCCGCAUGGCUCGUCGCGCACGUCGGCGACCAAGCGUGGAUGCACGAUGCGACGACGGGCUUGUGCGACUUUCUCUCGACGACGAUCGUGGCGCUCGCGACACCAGCGAGCUCGCUGCAAAAGGCAGCGUGGCCAUCGACAGUGCACUGCACCCACGUCGAGCUCGUCGACCAAGCGAUUGGCAUCGCGCUGCAGCGCAAGCGAAAGGACUGGAGGAAGCAUCCGAACCUCAUUGCUCGCGGGUUCACGACCGGCUACGAAAGCGACGCCAACCAUUUCACGCUCCACGCGCACAACGUCAUGCACCAUAGCCCGAAUUCGCUCGUGAGCCUCCUCAAGUCCAAGCACUGGGCGCAUCUGCACUGCCACCUCGGCGACGCAUGCAUGCUGCACUUGCUCGUGGACCACGUUCUCUGCGUUCGCAUCGACUCGGACAGCCAGAGCUACAUCCAGCUGGCGGGUCCACCGCUCCCGCGCCCGAUCCCGUUGGGCAAGCAGUGUAGCGUAGUGAGUCUGGCGCCGAGCCUGUACUACAAGUCCGACCGGCCGCUCACCGCCACGACGUUUCCAGCGACCCACGUAUUGUACCUCGCGCCACCGCAUACAGCAUCAAGCGCACAGGCCACGCGCCUUGUGCAGUCGAUCUUUGGCCUGCCACCGACCAAGCGCGAACGGACCCGACUCGCUCGGCCGCUCCGCGCCUGGGUGCCGUGGGCACAAACCAUGCUGCGGAACUUCCAAGGACUCAACGUGGAGAAGACGAUUGCUCUUGCCUGCCCUUUGGGCGACGCGUGCCGCUUUCAAAUGCAACUUUGCACUGGGCAGCCUGCCCCUCGCCUCGUCGGAGGCGCCGGCUACGCUAGCCAAGACGACGUAUCGUCCGGUUCUGACGAAGACGACCUCGAAGAGGAUGACGGGCCGCCGCCAAAGCGCCAGAAACUCGCGCACCAAGCCGAGAUACAGGACCUCUUGCAAUUUGCGACGCCCAAGGAGCAGGUGCUCGCGAGCGUGCGUGCUAUCACGGCGCAAAUUAUCCCGAUAGCCAUGUGGGGUCCGCGGAAGAACUACCAGCACAUUGUCCGCCUCCUCCACGCCUACGUUUACGGGCGGCGCUUCGAUACGCACUCGAUCGAAGCGACGGUCCGGCGCAUGAGCGUCCAAAGCAUUCCGUGGCUCGGCGCCGCGCGCGUGGGGCCGACCGAAGUGACCAAGCGGCGUCAGCGCCUCGUGCAGUUCGUGCACUGGAUGUGGCGUGAGCUCGUCCAGCCGAUUGUGCGCACCAACUUUUACAUGACGACCAAGGAAGGGCAGUUCCACGACGUCCUCUACUACCGCCGCCCGCUCUGGGACGUCUUGGCGACGCGGGAUUUGCAGCGGCAUCUGCUUCGCCCGGUCGCGACGCCGACGACACCCGUGGCCCGCGUGCGCUUUGUGCCCAAGGCGCGGGGCGUCCGGCCGAUCGUCAACCUCUCCAAGCGCGUGUCGUUCCAAAAAUCGACCAACGACCUCCUUCAGAGCGCCCUGCGCGUCUUGAAACACGAGCUCUCGCAGCGCCAGCGCUUGCUCGGGGCAAGUGCCACGAACAUGAACGCGGUGCUGGCCAAGCUCUCGGCCUUCAAGGCGCAGUGGGUCGCAGCGGGCAAGCCCCACGUGUACUUUGUGACGCUCGAUGUCGAGCGCUGCUUUGACACGAUGAAGCCCAAGCGACUGCUACAGCUUCUCCCGUCGCUCCUGACCCAAGAGUCGUACCUCGUCCGGCACCACCGCGUCGUGCGAGGCGACCGGUCGCAUGUACGCACCCCCACCGCGGAAUACCUGGUCGUCGCGGCGGGGGACUACACGCGCUUUGAGCACCUCAUUGCGUCGCGAGGCCUGAAGCGCAACGCGGUGUACGUCGACGGUGUCGUGUACGACGUCAUCUCGCGCGCCGACAUUCUCUCGCUUCUCAAGACGCACUUGCUCGAGCACGAUGUGCGCAUUGGCCGCCAGACGUAUCGCCAAGUCGAGGGCAUUCCGCAAGGCUCGGUGCUUUCGUCGCUCCUCUGCAACCUCUACUACGCUGACUUUGAGAAGCAAGUGCUGCAGACCCAACUGCGCUUCGCAAAGAACGAUCUGCUCUUGCGCUACACGGACGAUUUUUGCUUCCUCACGACGUCGCGCGUCCAUGCCACGACGUUUCUGCGCCUCAUGAUCAAAGGGUCGCGCGCGUUUGGGUGCAGCACCAACGCCGCCAAGACACUUACCAACGUCGAGGGACCCGGCGCCCCGCUUCUCAAGUGGUGUGGCCUCGUCAUCGACCCCACCACGAUGCAAGUACACGCCAACUACGCCAAGCUGCUGCGUGCGGGCCCGGAUACCCCGGCGCCGUUGGACCACGCUUUGGCGCUCCCGCGACACAAGCCGCUGCGAGACUGGUUUAUCCGACGCGUUCUCUCGACCAACAUCGACAAGUGCCAUGCCAUGUACUUUGGCCGUCGCCUCAACUCCCGCGCCGCCAUCGAGGUGAAUGCGUACCAGCUGCUGCGGGUCGUAGCCGCCAAGACCAUGCACCUCGUUCGUGCGCUGCGUCUUUGCAACAUGCUCUACGUCGCCGCACGCCUCGACGCUGCGUGGAGGCUCGUGCACCGCACGAUUCAACGCGCCACCAACGGCGACUGCCCGCUCACGCUCUCGGAGAUGCGUCAUAUCGGCUUUGCGACUGCAGUCGACGCGAGCGCGGCGUGUCCGUAUACCCAUGCGCUCACGCCCCUGCUGCAGCGGCGCGCAAAGCGCCUGCCGUCAACGCCGAUGGAUCUCGCUGCGCUGCGCGCUGACCCGCGCAACGCCUUUGCGACGCGCUUGUAAGCUCCGUGGCCUUGGGAAUGAAUUGC